CAUCUAUUGACUGUUUGUACAUUUUUCAGAAUUAAUAAUGAAUCCCUAUGUAAAUCAUGGAGUGCUUUUGCAUCAAGGUGCUGAGGCUAAAAUUUAUAAAUGUGAGUUUCUCGGUCGAACUGCAAUUAUUAAGUUUCGUUUUUCGAAAAAAUAUCGCCAUCCCGAACUGGAUGAAAAACUGACUAAGAAAAGAAUAACCCAAGAAGCACGUUCCUUACUAAGAUGUAGGAAUAUUGGAGUUCAAACUCCAGCUGUGUAUUUUGUAGAUUUGGAUAUGGGUGUGCUUGUACUUGAAUACUUUGACAUGGCACAGACAUUGAAAGAGCACAUAUUUCAAGCAUAUGAGAAAUAUGAUACACCUGGACAAUACCCACCAGAAUUGGUUCAAAUUAUUGAGAAUGUUGGACAAAAACUUGCUAUGAUUCACAACUCCGAUAUAAUACAUGGUGAUUUGACUUCUUCAAACAUCUUGGUUGAAUGUCAGGAAAGCAGCGAAAGAAAGAAUUCUGUAAAAAUAAUUUUCAUUGACUUUGGUUUGAGUUCAUCGUCUCGACUUGUAGAAGAUAAGGGUGUUGAUUUGUAUGUUUUGGAAAAGGCAUUCUUAAGUACUCAUCCAAAUAGUGAAAAUCUUUUCGGUGCCCUAAUUAAGUCCUACAAAACGCAUUCCACCAACUGCAAAGGUAUAAUAUCUAAAUAUGAGGAAGUAAAACUGCGAGGUCGAAAGCGAACUAUGGUAGGGUGAAGUAGUGCUAUAUUACCAAUUGCUAUAUGUGAAACAUAUCCACUGGUUUUCAUUGUUCUAAACCUGUAGUGGUGAGAACACUUUUAAUGAAUAGGAACUCUUAAAAGCAGGUGUUCCCAAACUAUAUAUUGUCUCAAGUAACAGUUAGGGGCUGACCAGAUAUUUACAGCAGUCCUUGCAUUUUUGAAUAACAGAUCUUGCAUCCAUGAAAUUCCAAAUAUAUAUGUUCUUCCGCGGUGUUUCAAGUAUCAUGAUAUAUAUUGUUGAUGGAACAACUUGGUAUUUUACCACCC